GGGAGAGAGAACACUAAGACACAAGUGAGAAACAAGAAACAAGUCAGGUGUGGUUACUUCAAACAUGUUGUGUGCCCUGGGGUUACUGCUGCAGAGUCCUCUGCUUAUUGCUGCUAUCUUCAUCACGGGUAUCGGCGGGACCUUCCAGUAUGGUCUUCAGAUCUCAGUGUUGACCUCACCGUCUACUUUCAUUAAGGAGCUGGUGAACCGCACGUGUGUUGACCGGUACGGACUCCCGUUGGAGCCUUGGCAGCUCUCCCUCAUCUGGUCCUUCAUCGUGUCCAUCUUCUGCAUCGGGGGUCUGCUGGCCUCGCUGUGCGCUGCACGACUGGCGAACGCCUAUGGGAGGAAGAGAUGUCUGCUGCUGAACAACCUGCUGGCCAUCAGUGGGGCCCUGCUGAUGCUGCUCAGUAAAACUGCUGGGUCGUUUGAGAUGAUCCUGGUGGGAAGAUUCCUGUAUGGGUUAAACGCAGGCAUCAGCCUGACAACUCACACCAUGUACCUUCUGGAGUGCUCUCCCAAGAGGCUACGAGGGAUGCUGGGCGUGACCGUCACCACGUUUGUCUCCAUGGGGAAGUUCACUGGACAGCUGCUGGGCCUCAGUGAGCUACUGGGUACUGAGGACCGCUGGCCCUGGCUGCUGGGUUUCAGUGGCUUCACUGGGCUGCUGCAGCUGCUGACUCUUCCGCUGCUGCCAGAGUCGCCCCGAUACCUGCUGCUGAUAAGGGGAGAUCGCAAGGCCUGCGACAACGCCAUUCGGCGUCUGUGGGGUGGUGGAGGUGAGGACCACAGCUCUGAGGUGGAGGACAUGCUGGCGGAGGGUGCUGCCUUGAGAGGGGUCCGCAUGCGGGGGGUGAAGGAUCUGCUGACGGAGCCGUCUCUACGCUGGCAGGUCCUCACCAUCAUCGUCACCUCCACUACGCUGCAGCUGUGUGGCAUCAACGCUGUGUACCUGUACUCAUAUGAUGUGUUCAGUGCUGCAGGGAUACCAUCCAACCAGCUGCGGUAUGCAGCUCUCGGGACCGGCCUGUGUGAGAUUGCCACCUCCAUCACCUGUGUGCUGCUGAUUGAAAGCACGGGGAGGAGGGUGCUGCUACUCCGCGGUUUCUUUGGAAUGACCGUCGCCCAGGGCCUCCUCACGCUCACACUAUACCUGCAGACCCUCUUGUCCUGGAUGCCCUACUGCAGCAUGGUCCUGGUCUUCAUCUUCAUCUUCUUCUUCUCCAGCGGGCCAGCUGGCAUUACAGCGCCACUCCCUGGUGAAAUCUUCACUCACUCCUACAAGGGGGCAGGAUUCACCAUAGUCACCACCAUCAACUGGAUAUGCCUGUUCCUCAUAGGAAUGCUCUUCCCCCUCAUCGUGGAGCAUCUACAGUACUUCUGCUUCCUGAUCUUCCUUGUCUUCUGCUGUGGCACGGGGCUGUUUGUCUGGUUCAACGUUCCGGAGACGAAGAACCGCACCGCUCUCGAGAUCACUGCAGAGUUUCAACGGAUGCACAGCAAAAAUAAGCCCACUGUGGAGGACAAAGACUCACCCACAGCUGAGAUCAGAAACAGAAAUAAACAUCUAAAGCUCAGUGAAGCUGACCUUAGCAUGUCUACCAAACUCUAACACAUCUAUCUAAUGGUGAACACUUAGAGACUGACUGCUACAUAAUAUUUAAGAAGGGUGAUGACUGUUAUUUGGUACCACUGAAUUGAAUGUAUAGGCCUACAUUUAGGGAGCCAUCAGUCCUUUUCCAAAAUGUGUAAUUGAUGUGUGCUAAAGUGUAUUAAUCAUAAUAAUAUUAUGUUUUUUAAUCACAUUUUAUUGUAAUUUUAAACAGAAUAGAAAUAUGGAAAAUGACUGAUUUACAUGUAUUAUUAUUAUUAUUAUUAU